AUGGCGAUCAACAAUGUCGGAGCCUGUUCCAUUCUCUUCCUUCUACUUCUAACCAACAUCGAAGCCAUGAAAUACAGGGUGACGAACACAGUCCCCAACACCCCCGGCGGGACACUCUUCACCGAGGAAAUUGGGGCGUGGUACGUCGAGACAACCCUCGUCAGAGUCGUCAAAUUCAUAAAGGAACUCUUCGAGCAGCCGCGGCGCUCCGACCGGAAAAACGUCUCCUCCAUCGACAUCUUCAUCUCUGACUUCGACGGCUACGCCUACGCCAACGUGCCCCUCAACGCCAUCAACGUCAGCGCGUCGGCACUCGACCGUUAUUACGACCCCCGGUGGAAAUCGAAGUACUUCUUCCAGUCCUUGAUGUACCAUGAGAUCACGCAUCUCUUCCAGUGGUACGGCGACGGCAAAAUCCGGCCGGGAUUGGCGGAGGGGAUCGCCGAUUACGUCAUGAUGAAGUCAGGAACGUACCCGCAGGCGUCGUACAUUAAACCAGGCGCCGGAAACCGGUGGGACGAAGGGUACGGCGUGACGGAGAGGUUUUUGGAGUACUGCGAUAGCUUGAAACCUAAAUUUACAGUAGAGCUGAAUAAGAGGAUGAGGUAUGGGUACGAUGAUAGCUAUUUUACGGAGAUGAUUGGGAAGCCUGUUGAUCAGCUCUGGAAUGAGUAUAAAGCUAAGUACAAGACGGCCGUUGCCGGCGGCGAUGGGGAAGAAGGUUUGAAAGAGUAUCAUCCGGUGGUUUCUGGUGAGGGUGUGAUUGGUUCUUAUUGA